CCGAUCACCUGCGCCCCCUCGCGCGGCGCCCCGGCUCCUGGCCCGUCUCAGCGCCUGGGCAGCGCGCCAGGAAGCAGGAGAAGCCCCGCCUGCUAAUGCAGCCGCCCCGGCCCCGGCCCCGGCCCCAGCCCGGCCGGCUCCAGUCCUGCGGGGACCGCACACCAUGGCCAGGAAGGUGAUCGCGGUGCUGCUGCUGCUGCUCUGCGGGAUCGGCAUCGUGGGCAUCCUGCUGCUGUGCCUGCCCACCAAGGACCUGCGGGAGCCGCCGGGCUUCAAGUAUGGAAUCGUUCUGGACGCCGGCUCCUCCCACACCGCCAUGUUCGUCUACAAGUGGCCUGCGGACAAAGAGAAUGACACGGGGAUUGUCAGCCAGCACAGCAUGUGCGACGUGGAAGGUGGUGGGAUUUCCAGCUAUGCCAAGGACCCCCCGGCCGCCGGCAAGAGCCUCAAACAGUGUCUCGACCAGGCUGUGAGCGACGUCCCCAGGGAAAGGCAUCCACUCACCCCCCUCUACCUGGGGGCCACCGCGGGCAUGAGGCUGCUGAACCUCACCAACUCGACGGCCUCAGACAGCGUCCUCAGCGCAGUGACCUCAAUGCUGAAGUCGUACCCCUUUGACUUUCGGGGGGCAAAAAUUCUGUCGGGUGAAGACGAGGGGUUGUUUGGCUGGGUCACGGCUAACUAUCUCCUGGAGAACUUCAUCAAGUACGGCUGGAUCGGGCAGUGGUUCCGGCCAAAGAGACCCACUUUGGGGGCCAUGGACUUGGGGGGAGCCUCUACCCAGAUCACCUUUGAAACCCAGAAGCGGAUCGAGGACCCCCAGAGCGGGGUGACGCUGCGGCUCUACGGACAGACAUACAGGGUGUACACCCACAGCUUCCUGUGCUACGGCAGGGACCAGAUCCUCAGGAGGAUGUUCUCCAAGGUCAUGCAGGCUGGCGGCUACAAAACAAAUGUGUCCAACCCCUGCUGGCCCAAAGGCUAUCAAAGGAACUUCAUGCUCCAAGACGUCUACAACUCUCCCUGCACGGCAGCUGAGAAGCCUGACAGCUACGAUCCCCAACGUACCAUCGGCAUGGACGGAUCCGGGGAUGCAGCCCAGUGCCGCCUGCAUGUGGACAGUCUCUUCAAUUUCACCAGCUGCGGCUUCUCCAGCUGCUCCUUUGAUGGGGUUUUCCAGCCCGACCUUUCGGGAAACUUCAUUGCCUUCUCUGCCUUUUUCUACACGGUGGAUUUUAUCCAGACAGUGAUGAAGAGACGCGUGGCCUCGCCAGAUGAUCUUAACGCUGCUGCCGAAACCAUCUGCAGUACCAGCUGGACCGAGCUGCGGCUAAAAGCCCCAAAGCAGGAGAAGUGGUUGCCGGAUUACUGCACGGUUGCCAACUUUGUUUAUCUGCUGAUCACCAAGGGCUACCACUUUGAUGAGAGCUCUUUCCCCAACAUCGCCUUCCAGAAAAAGGCUGGGGACACUUCCAUCGGCUGGGCCCUGGGCUACAUGCUGAACCUCACCAACAUGAUCCCGGCUGACGAAGCGGGUUUCCGAAAGGGCGCGAACUACAGCUCCUGGGUCGUCCUCAUCCUCCUCUUCGCGGCUGUAAUCCUGAUGGCACUGGUGACAGCGUUCUGCCUGCUCCGGUCUGGCAAGCAGCACCGCACCAUGUAGGAGGUGGGCGGAAGAGGCCAAGAGACAUGGCUCCCUGGAGCUGACGUGAGCGCCACUGAUCCUGGCAGGUGACCCAGCAUCCUACAUACUUCAGAUGUGAGCGUUUCCUGGAGGCCCUGUCCCUCCCCGCUGCCUGUUCGUAGCCCUGAGGGAAACCAGUCCUGUUGCCUUUCUUUCAUCCCUGAUUGGAAGCCGGAGAAGCGGACAGAAGAGGAAAACUGACACCCAGGGAGUUGCAUGAGGAGCAAAUGUAAAUGGUUUCCUAGUGCAUCCCCUUUGGUGCAUCCUGGAGCAGCGUCAGAGCCUGGACAGCCAGAUCCAGGGCAUCCUCCUUUGCCUGCCACCAGACGGAGACCAGACACAAAGUAAACGGACAGCAACAGCCAGCAGGCAACUGGCUCUGUGCAAAGGAAGGGAGGUUUUUAUACUCACAUCCAAGGGGGUGGGGUUCAUGGUGGAGAGGGUUACUUACCUAAGCAUCUCUGGAAGGCUUUUCCCUCCAGCCCCCCUACCUGGAGACCUGUCCUAUCCCUUCCCGGGAAUUUGUGACUUGUGGUCCUGGGUGUUAUCCAUGGACCUGCACUAUCUUCCUUGAGCAAGGACCAAAUCACAGCCCCCAGGAAGUCUCUGGGAGUUUGGCCAUUGAUCUCAGUGGUAUUCGGCUCUCCCCAGGCCUGGGAAGCCCCUCCAUCUCUGCAGAGCAGUGUUGCCCAGGACAGGCUCUGACAAUCUAGGGGGGCUUCCACUCUUAGGACCACAAUGCAGUGUGUGGCCUCUUUUGUUUGUUUACAAUUGGCGCUGCUCCUAGCCAAUCCUGCCUGCCGAGGGGGAAGUUUUAAGAUUUAGGGUGGGGGUGGAGCCUGAGCAGGUGUGUAAUUCAACAGGGGGUGCCCUGGGUACCUUAGGGAGCAUCGUAAACCAUCCCCCUGGCAUGAUGGAGAAAAUUCUCAGGGCUCCCUCGCACAGCCCUGAGACCUUCUCUGAGCUGCCAGCUAAGACACACCGGGGCAGGGCAUGUUGAGACCCAAACCCUCCACCCCCACAGGGCCAGUGCAAGGAGGUUUCACACCCUAGGCGAAACUUCCACCUUGCGCUGCCCCCCUUCCCCCACCCUGCGGCAGCUCCCCACCGCUGCCCCCUCCCCUCGGCCCGGGGAGCGCCCCCUG